AUGUUGCUCUCCAUAGAGAUGCUCAUUCUGUCGGCCACACAAGUCUAUACCAUCUUGACUGUCCAGCUCUUUGCAUUCUUUUUUUUAACUAUGGUAGGAGCAGGCAUUUUAGCAUAUAAUUUUGAAAAUGCAUCUCAGACAUUUGAUGACCUCCCAGCAAGAUUUGGUUAUAGACUUCCAGCUGAAGGUUUAAAGGGUUUUUUGAUUAACUCGAAGCCAGAGAGUGCCUAUGAACCGCUAAUGCCUCCACCACUGAAAGACAAUUCAUCUGGCACUUUCAUUGUGUUAAUUAGAAGACUUGAUUGUAAUUUUGGUGUAAAGGUUUUAAAUUCACAGAGAACAGGUUACAAAGCAGCCAUAGCUCACAAUGUUGACUCUGAUGACCUCAUUAGCAUCGGAUCCAAUGACAUUGAUGUGCUAAAUAAAAUGGAUAUUCCAUCUGUCAUUAUUGGGGAAUUAUCAGCUAAUUCACUGAAAGAUGAAUUCACAUAUGAAAAAAGGGGCCACAUUAUCUUAGUUCUAGAAUUUAGUCUUCCUCUGGAAUACUACCUAAUCCCCUUCUUUAUCGUAGUGGGCAUCUGUCUCAUCUUGUCAUUUUCAUGA